CUUUAAUGAAACUUUUCUCUUCCGCACUGAUCUGAGUGAAGAGCUCUUCAUAGUAAAUAAACACUGGAUGUUUCUCAGGAGACUGCCAUGAGCCAGAAGCGAAAUGUGUCACACAGUUCAUAUGAGCGAACGCUCACAAAGGUCAGGCGACAUGAGGAGAGACGUGAGGAUCAGAUCAGGAUUUUGGCCAAGGAGAAUCACGUUCGGGCCAAUGUCAAGAAUGAAGAGAGACUUGAUAUGAAAAUAUAUCUGCGCAAGUUGCAAGAUGAGGAGUACGAGAGACAGAUGGAGGAAGCUUACCUGAAGGCACAGCAGGACAGGAUGUACAAAGAGAAGUUACUGGAGCAGGAGGAGAGGAUCGCAAAAGAACUGGCUCGCAUAAAUUAUGAGAAAAUGCGAGAUGAGAAGAUGAGGCAGUACAUCAAAGAAAACAGUGUGGAGAUUCGUGAGUUAGAGGCAAAGCUGAAGUCUGCGUACAUAAACCGGGCAAGAGCAGCACAGAUCGCUGAGAAGCAGGCCAUAAGGGAUGAAAUCAUAAAGGAGCAAGUUGACAUUGCACUCUGGAUGAAGAGCGAACAGGAGCGAGCAGCCAUCGAGAAGGAGAAGCAGGAACAGAGGCGCUAUGAGGAACUGGUUCACUAUCAGCAGGAGCUGGAGAAGCAGCUGGAGGAGAAGGAGCAGAAGAAACAGCAAGCGUAUGAGGAGUUCCUCAAGGACAAACUCAUGGUGGAUGAAAUUGUGCGGAAGAUAUAUGAGGAGGAUCGCAUGGAGCAUGAACGUCGGCUUGCAAUGGUCACAGCCACACAGCGAUACAUUCAGGAGUACAAAAAGCAGCAGGCCGAGUGGAAGCGCCUGGAGCGAGAGAAAAUAGAGGAAGAGAACAGGCGCAUUUUGGAGUACACCGAAUACCAGGAGAGGAAAGAAGAGGACAGGCUGGCUAGUGUUAGACAGAGAGAGAUGGUGAAAGAGAAGCUUCUCAAAUUGCUGACUGAGAAGAUGGAAGAGAAACAGAGGCAGCAUGAGGAGAUGGAGCGUGUUCGUGAGGAGCUCUAUCUUGAGGAGCAGGCAGAGUCUGAAAGACAGAAAGAAAUUGAGGAGAUGGAGCGGAGAAUCCGGCAAAGGCUGGAGCUGCAGCAGAUACGCCAGGAACAGCUGGCCUUCAAACAGCUGCGCCUUCAGGCUGAGAAGGACGACGAGGAAGCUUUCAGAGCCAUGAUGCUGGCCAAGUUUGCGGAAGACGAACGCAUUGAACAGAUGAACGCUCAGAGGCGGCGCAUGAAGCAGUUGGAGCACAAACGCGCCGUGGAGAAGAUCAUCGAGGAGAAGAGGCAGAAGUACUUGGCUGAUAAGGAGCGAGAGGCGGAGGAACAAGCGUUGGAACAGGAGAGAGAAAAUCAGCGCAGACAGAUCAUCGAGGAAGAGAGACUGAAGCUCCUCAAGCUCCACGCUACAAAGCUGUUAGGGUACCUACCAAAGGGCAUUUUCAGGGAGGAUGAUUUGGAGCAUUUUGACGAAGAGUUCAAGAGCGCUUUCCGGAAAUGUCAGCCUGAGGAGAACUCCGAGGAGGAUUGUGAAGAGGAUGAGCAAUAACUCAUCCUGCUUGUGACCACUAGAUGGCAGACAUGAUCUUUUUUUGGAGUUUAUU